CCUUUUGGACUUCACAAUAAGUGCCCUUAGAAGGAAAGCCUGCCAGAGAGCCGGAGAGCGUUUUUGCGCGGACUGUCCUUAAAUCCUGAGUUAAAGGAAACACGAGGAAGCUGUCUCCGUGCAGGACGAUCCUUCCUUUUAGGGCUCAGCAGCCGUCAGGCUUGCCUCCGGAACGCUCGCUGUCUGCGAGGGGGCGUCCUCUGCAGCUCAGGAGAGCCCGCGGAGGUGUCGCUGACGGCGGGGAGGCGAGCAGCGCGCGCCGCGCCGCUCCACUCCGGACCGGACAUGGAGAUGCUGCGCCGCUCCUCCGUGUUUGCGUCUGAGGUGUUUGACCGCUCGCACGCCGACAAAGAGCUGGUGUCCCAAGCCAAAGCCUUGUGCAGGGACUACAUCCACAACAAGCUGAACAGUGCCGGGUGCGGCUGGUCCAAACCCGAGCACGGACUGGUGGCAGCAGGUGGGACUCUGGGAGAGAUAUCGUUCGUCCUCCUGUGGCUGGGUGAGGAGUUGGAGUACCUCCAUCCUAAUGUGUACCGUAACAUCACCCGUCAGUUGAACAUCACUGUGGCAUCAGAGAGCCUGGUGACUGAAGCCUUCAUGAGUGUUGCAGCUGACAUUUUCUCCACAGGUAUGUCCUCUUCCUUGGAUUAAGUUGUGGGAAGUAAUUAGAGUUCACUGGUCCUUACCAGAAAAAAGAUUUUUUUUUUGUUUGUUUUAAGGACUCCUCUGGGAGGGAUGAAUUGUAGUUUUAAAAAAACAACAACAUUCGAUAGGAAACAUAUUUUAAAAUAACUUACCUAAAAAGAAACAACUCACUUUUAAUGUGACGACUUAAACUAGUGGCAUUUUCAGGACGCUUUUGUCUCCAAACUUUAACGAAAGCGUUGAACUCACAGUAACAUUACGCCGUUUGUGAUUGUUAAAAUGUGGGUCACACCAAAAAAAGCUCAAACAUGAGAAUCAGCUGGCUUCGUCCUCGGGGGAGUUGUGUUGCAAAGGUAAACCUGAGUCAUUCUGGAGAGAAAAAGCUAGUUAUUCCAGUCUGACUGACAUGGAGUUAGAAGAAAUAAGGUAGUCAAAAUAAAGGAAAUACAUUAAUUCCAGCUUGCUGUUAUGAUUAUUAUAAUUCACACACUCAUUGGUACACUUUAGGUACACCUGUUCAACUUCUAACACAAGAAUCCAAUCAGCUAGUCAUCAUCAUGGACAUCAGGAGCUGGUUUGGUCUGGUUAAUCAGGUGGCCAACUACGUGCAGCUGCGUGAUAUAAUGGCGCCAUUUAAGCCCUUUCUGAGCCCUCGAUACAAAUUUGUGUGGUCACCCGAGUUAGAGGCUGCAUUUCAGGCAUCCAAGCUGGCCAUCGUGGACUCUAUCCGGGCAGGCGUAGAGAUCUACGACAUGGAGAGGUGCACUUGCCUCCGCCCAGACUGGUCCAGGCGCGACAUUGGAUACUUCCUCCUCCAGCAGCACUGCACCUGCAGCUCUGGUGUCCCUGGCUGCUGUCCUGAUGGAUGGAAAAUUACUCUGGCCGGCUCACGCUUUCUCUCCUCCGCUGAGCAGUGAUACGCCGCUGUUGAGGGGGAGGCCUUGACUGUAGCAUGGGUUCUGGAGCAGACCAGAUGCUUCACGCAGGGGUGCGACAACCUGGUCGUGGUCACUGACCAUAAGCCCCUGGUGAAGAUCCUUGGGGACCGGUUAUUGGAUGAAAUAACUAACUCUCGCCUGUUCAGGCUCAAACAGCGCACACUCCCAUGGCACUUUGAUAUUGUACACUUGCAUGGCAAGAGCACCUGUGCUACCGACGCAGCCUCCAGGUAUCCCUCACCCUCUGGCUCUGAUGAGGGCUGCUGCAUGGGCGCAUGGAACGUGACCGAUAGCGAGGAGUUGGUGCAUAUGGCGUCCAUUUGCAGCGAUGCACUGGAGUCUGCUGCCAUUGCAUGGCCACUCCUCGCUCAGGGGACUGCCGCAGACGCAUGCCUCUUCCACCUCCUGCACCUCAUUGAAGAUGGGGGCAGCAUUGACCCAAAGGACCUGGCGCUGGCCGACCUGUCUAAGGUCUGUGAGUCCGUGUAUGCACAAGAUGGGGUCCUGCUGUACUGCUACCACGUUGUUGUCCCCACGUCCCUCCAUCAUACAGUACUUUAGCACCUCCACACCACCCAACAGGGCAAGUCGGUAAUGGAACGAUGGACCUGCUCCAUUGUUUACUGACCUGGUAUGUCUAACGACAUUCAGUUGACCAGGGAGCGAUGCGCAGACUGUAACCGCAAUACCCCCUCGCAGGCGGCCACACCUCCCAUGCCGGCAUCACCGUCAUCUACGCCAUUUGAGGAGGUGUUUGCAGACUUCUUCAACUACAAGGGUCACCACUACCUGGUCGUUGGUGAUCGCCUCUCCGGCUGGGUGGAAGUCAUGAGCUCUCCCGCGGGCACCAAUCUCUGGGGCUCCAUUGGGCUUAUCUGUCACUUAAGAGCUUUCUUCGCCACGUUUGGUGUGCCCAAGGAGUUGUCAAGUGACGGGGGCCCGGAGUUCUCGGCAGGGCAUACAGCGGACUUCCUCCGCUUAUGCUAGGUCAAGCACCGUGUGUCCUCGGUUGGGUUCCCCCAGUCUAAUGGAAGGGCGGAGGUGGCUGUCAAGACGGCGAAGCGCCUCCUAGUCUCAAACACCAGCCCGACCUGGAGCCUCGACCAUGACCGCUUUCUGCGUGCAAUGCUGCAACUGCGUAACCCCAAAAUUCCACUAUCUCCGCUCCGCUCCGGCACGAACUCCGCAGCAAAAACGGUCCCGUUGUAGUCAAUCAGAGCUGUUCCACUACUGCGGCCGUGCGGCGCAGUGCACCGCCCGCCGUUCCGCCAUCCGGCAAAAAUAGGAUCGAUUCUAUUUUUGCUGGACGCUGAGCAAUGAUAAAUGAUAGGCAGAUUAAACUGUUUAUUUCGAUGCUUCUCCCACACAACGGGUGUUUGGAUCUAACUUCCGCAUUUAUUGCUCAGACUGUAUUGCAAGAUCUCGAACCUCCCGCGCAUGCUUGUUUGCGCACCUCAGGUCUCCGCAGCAGAGUGGAGCCGUUGUAGAGCGGGUACAGUAUAAUUUGAGUUCGGAAGCGAGCGGCAGCGGAAAGCGGGGGCGGAGCAGAGAUAGUGGAAUUAGGGCUGGGCGAUAUGACGAUUUUAGACCGUUUUACGAUCUACACAUCUGACGGUCUGUCAUUGUUGAGAGACCUUUUUAUCACGAUUCACAGCUCUGCUGUUGAAUUUCUGCCUCUGAAUGAAAAGGGAACUUACCUCAGGCGAAUGACACGCCUUUGUUUGACCCUUAACCAAUCAGAGUGAGUCAUAGUAAUAUAUUAGUGCCCCGCCUGUUUUCCCCUGUGUGUGAACAAACAUGGCUUCGCCGCGGCUGAGCGACAACGAGGUUUUCGUUCCGAAGAGGAACGCAGGGUUUCCUUAGCGCGCGGUGCUAACAACUUAGUGACGUGACAUGUCUCGGAGAAAGCGUAAAAACACGUUGGACGCUUCUUCUGAAGCAGGAAAAUAACACCGCUUCUUAAGCAGAGCACGACGUCGCCUCGGCUCGUUCACCCUCUGCCGAGCCGGACUGAGCUCGGUCACUGGGUCGCUGGAGCUGCCCCGUGACUGCCUGAUGGAAAACCAGCGGGUUUCAUCAGACUCGUAGUUUCUUGUUUUUACCGCUCCCUCCUGCAGUCUUCCCCUAUUAAAAUUUAAAAUGAUUCUGUAAACUCCGUGUAUCAAUAGAAAGAAUAUCUGCCUCUGCCAGCUGCAGUAAAUGUAGUCUCCAAAUAAUAAGAGGUGCAUUCAUCUGUGUAUCUCCUUUGAUCCACAUUAGUGAUAUUCUCAGCACCAGAACAAUGAAGCAAAGAAAGAUUCCUGAGUUUGUUAGUAAUUUUAUUUAUUAGGUGCAUCUAACCUGUUCUAUUUGUCUCUGAAAUGAGAUCAAAUCAGUGCUUCUAUGGGUUGUCUCCAAUCUGCACUGGAAAAUUUUACUUUAUUUAGAGACUUGUUGCAGAAAAUAUUCAGAAUGCGCAGUUUUUUGCUACCACAAGCGAUCUCUGGUCCAGCCGCACAUCAGAGCCGUAUUUGAGCUUAACUAUCCACUACAUGAGCAACUGGGAGCUACAUAGUAUUUUGAACAAGUUAAUGUUUGCACAAUACGUUUGCAAUUGACAUGUUUGCACUUUAAAUAUGUUUACGAUUUUAAUUUAUGUUAAGUUACUUGAAAAACGAGAAAAACAGAUUUUUGUAAUUGUUUCUCUCAGGGCUUUUAUCAUCUCUGGUGUGAGUUUAAAAUAUAAGUGUGUUAGCACUGUGCUGAUUAUCCCUAAUAUGAAUAAAUGUUUAUUUAUUCAAUGUUUCUCUUCUUUAAUAUGCAAUUGAAGUUAUGCUAUUCAUGGAUAAAUAAUCGUGAUAAAAUCGAAAUCGUGAUAAAAUAUUGGAAAAAUCGUCAUAUUCUAUUUUUGCCAUAUCGCCCAGCCCUAAGUGGAAUAUUGGGGUAAUACGCCUGAUCCCGACUGCGACCUGUUGCCCGCGCAAAUCAUCUUUGGUCGCCCCUUCAGGGACUCGCUGUCAUUUGUUAAUAGGCUGGAGAAGUUCUCCAACCCUCACAUCCGUCCGCUCUGGCAUCAGGCAUGGGCGGCGAAGGAAGAGUCCAUCCGUACUUGGAUGGCCCACACCACUGAGUCUCUGAGAGAACACGUACGACUGCUCCGCCCUCUCGUAGUUGGGGUGGCGGUGUUCCUCCAGAACCUAGUUGGGCUACAGCCCGCGGGCAUGGGACAGAUCUGGGGUGGGAGUAGAGUCACUAGGACACGACCAAUGCCGCGUCAGGGUCGAUGGGUCUGGCCGCCUCACCCUGCACAACCGGCGCUUUCGCCGCACCUUCACCCUGGCCACCCCUCGCACUCACCCAGAUAGCGCUGUGCCCCUGCCUGCGUCCAACGACGA